AUGAAUGAGGACGAGCUGAAUGCGAUCCGCAAGGAUGGACCGGAAGCGGCGGCCACCUUGCUGAAGGCGGCCGAGGAUGGGAGCCUCGAGGCAGUGCUGCAGAAGAAGGGCCAGGCCAGGAUGCACCAGGAUGCAUCGAUAAGUCUUAAGAUCCGAUGUCCACGGAUUGUGACCAUUCCUUUGGCCAUUCCCCGUCGCCGAAGCGGCGCUGACUUGCGGGCACAGGACACGGACGCCUUGCGUCAGGAGGCUGCGGCGACACUGCUGAAGGCUGCGAAGGAUGGCACCUUGGAAGCGGUGCUCAGCAAGAAGGGCGGACAGGACUUCCGAACCGCGCGCCUGGUGGCGGCAGUGGCGGUGGGUCCAAUGCAUUUGCGCCGGCGCGCGGGAGACUUCAACUGCUUUGAGAAAUGCGAUGGCAUGGUGAUCUUUUCUCCAGAUGACGAGCUGUUCGGUAGUGAUCCCACACCCACAUGCUCGCCGGUGGCCCACCGUCCACCAGAGCCCUUUAUCCUUUCCAAUGGGAUCAGGCGUCCCAGGAGAACUGCUCAGAACAUGGUGGCUCACAUGAAAAUGAUCGACUUCUUGGAUGAGUGGGGCUUCAAGAGCGAUGAUGUGAAUCAGAGUGGCACCAGCGACCGCUUCCCGAAUGAAAAGGUCUCCCCCAUCCACGUCGCAGCUCAGCAGGGCGAUGUGGACGUGCUGCGGCUCCUGUUAGCCGCCGGCGCCGAUCCCCGAACCAGGACCUCCCAGGGUCGCAGUGCCCAGACGGUCGCAGAGGUCGCCGAUCAGGAUGGUGCAUUGAAACUCCGCUUUGAUCAGUUUCUUCGGACCAUGGAAGCUAAGCAGACCUGGCAGACCCUCCAGAAAGACGUGGAGGGGCUUCGACAGCAGGCCGCUGCUACCUUGCUGAAGGCUGCAGAAGAUGGCACCCUACAGCAGGUUCUCAGUCGGCGUGGCGAAGAGGACGUGGAGGCCUUGCGACAGGAGGCUGCCGCCACGUUGCUGCAAGCGGCGCAGGAUGGAUCCCUCGAGGCGGUGUUGAAGAAGAAGACCGGGCCCAAGGACUUGGACUCCUUGCGGCAAGAGGCGGCCAGCACACUGCUCAGGGCUGCAGAGGAUGGAACCCUACAGGCCGUGCUGAGCAGGAAGACCGGCCAGGCCGAACAUGGGCCGAAGAAGGGGGGCGAGGUGGUGUGGAUGCAGGAUGCGGAGUCAUUGCGGGAGGAGGCUGCAGCGAUUCUCCUGAAGGCACACCGGGCAUGUUUUGGGCACAACCUGACCCGAAGGACCUAUAUAUGUCUAAGUAUAGUAUAG